CGGGACGUUCUUGAACGCAGCAGUGUUGUUGUUCUCUGUCGUGUGUCUACAUGGAUCUGUCGAGUUGGUGAAUAGUUAGAAAUCAAUGCCACAGACACUUUUACUCAAUAUUUUAAUAGCACCUGUACUCGGACUAGCCUUAGAAGUACCUGGGCGUAUUUCGGGGGAGGACACUCGCUCGUAUUUUAGCGUUGAAAGUGGAGGUUAGCUUGUGUUCCGCAGCUGGAGGUGAACAGAUCCACCAGACUGUGUCAAAAAAUAAGGCAGAGACAGAGAGGAGAAAGCCUGGAGAAGUUCACCUGACAGGGGAGCCGGAUGAUGGGCAUGAGCAGCCGAAUCGAGUGCAUCUUCUUCAGUGAGUUUCAUCCAACUCUGGGCCCAAAGAUCACAUAUCAGGUGCCAGAGGAAUACAUUUCUCGGGAGCUUUUUGACACAGUCCAAGUUUAUAUCAUCACCAAGCCAGAACUGCAAAACAAAUUAAUCACAGUCACUGCGAUGGGAAAAAAGUUAAUUGGGUGCCCCGUGUGCAUCGAGCAUAAGAAGUACAGCCGGAACGCCCUCCUGUUUAACCUGGGCCUGGUCUGCGACGCCCAGUCCAACACGUGCGCCCUGGAGCCCAUUGUGAAGAAGCUCUCUGGCUACCUCACCACUCUGGAGCUGGAGAGCGGAUUUAUUUCUAAAGAGGAGAGCAAACCAAAGCUUUUACCCAUCUUGUCAACACUGUUGGAGGAUCUCAACGCCACAGGAGCCUGCACUUUGCCUAUAGAUGAGUCCAACACUAUUCACCUCAAGCUCAUCCAGCUGCGAAAGGACCCACCGAUAGUCCAGGAGUACGACGUGCCUGUGUUCACCCAAUGCAAAGACCACUUUAUCAAAUCUCAGUGGGAUCUCACCACUCAGCAGAUCCUGCGCCACAUCGAUGGAUUCAGACAUAUACAGAAAAUUUCAGCUGAAGCCGACGUGGAGCUGAAUCUUGUUCGUAUCGCGGUCCAGAACCUCCUGUAUUAUGGCGUUGUGACGUUGGUGUCAAUCUUUCAGUACUCAAAUGUUUACUGCACCACCCCCAAAGUGCAGAGCCUCAUCGAUGACAAAUCCAUUCAGGAGGAGUGCCUCAGUUACGUCACCAAACAGGGUCAGAAACGUGCCAGCUUGAGAGACGUGUUCCAGCUUUACUGUGGUCUGAGUCCAGGCACCACAGUGCGUGACCUUUGCUCCCGCUACGCACAGCAGCUUCAAAGGGUUGAUGAGAGGAGGCUCAUUCAGUUUGGGCUGAUGAAAUCUUUGAUUCGACGGCUGCAAAAGUACCCGGUGAAGGUGAUCCGCGAUGAGAGAAGCCGGCCGCCCCGACUGUACACCGGCUGCCACAGCUAUGAUGAGAUCUGCUGCAAAACAGGGAUUAGUUACCAGGAGCUGGAUGAGCGUCUGGAAAACGAUCCCAACAUCGUGGUGUGCUGGAAGUGACGCAAAAUAAAGCCAUCUGACUGAAAGACGCAGAGAUGCUUCAACCACAGAUGCCUUGGACAUCACAAAGAGUUUUCUUAAAUGAACUAAUAAAAUCAGCUAGCCUUUUGUAUCUUUGUUAACUACUUUUUAAAAAAAAAUAUGUGACCUACUUUUCAUCAGAAAAUCUGAUGGACUUGUGUUUGAACCGAGUGAUGAAGGUUACUCUUAAUAAUGUUGAACAGAAGGAAAUAAAAUCCAUAAUAUAAUGUGACAGUUUGUCUGGAAUCACUUUUCAUAUUUGAUCACUUUUUUAUGAUCUAAAGAUAAUUCCUAUCACAGCAAAAUACUGAAGAAGACGUUGCUUGUUAAGGACUUACAGCUAUGGAUGUUAAAAAGGUUUGUCUCAAAUAUAUAAUUUCGGAAAUAUUUUAGCAUGUGUACAGAGAAACAAUAACUAUGAUUUAACCAUGAAAAAAAAGGCAAGGUAAGAUGAUAGCACCAUUCAGAAAUUAACUGUUUUACAAAGAAAUUGAAGAAAUAUAUAUUAAAAAAAAACUGUAUUAAAAUGAUUUCUUACUAAACUAAUAGGAUUAUGAAAAGCAUUAAAACUGUGGUUAAAAUGAAAAGAACAAUAAAUAAAGUAAACAAAGAUCAUAAAAUAACCAAAAUCUUCUGUUUUAAUGGAGAGGCUGG